AAAAAUGUACCCCAAGGAUCUGUCAUUCUAAGAAAGUGAAGGCAGUCUCAAACUAGAGCAAUUGGUGAUAAAAGUGAUGAUAUCAGUCUUUUAUUUUCAGGCUGUUAAGACCAGAUUCAAAUUUGAACACUGCUGUAGUGGGAGACGAUCUCAUGUUCCCUGGUUAAUGGACCAGUAACAUAGUUGUGACGCUGCAUUAUACAUCUGUCAGGUUGAUAUAUUCCCAGAAGAUGGAGAAUAACACGGAGAAAGCAUAUCCCACCAUUGCAGCUCGCGAGAAAGGACCCGGACCAGGAAGAUAUGGACUACCCCCAGCAAUUGGGUUUGUGGGACAUGAUUAUACCAAACACACAAAUCCAGCUUAUACAUUUGGGAAAAAACACAGCAGUGCAUUGUACGAAGUCAACUGCAGUCCAGGACCUCAGUAUUACGUUGAUCCAAAGAUCACACGAUUUGGUAGGAGUGGAACACCCGCAUUCUCCAUUUUAGGAAGAGUGAAAACCUCUGAUGUUUCGCGGAAACUGGGAACACCUGGACCAGGCACAUAUAAUCCAGAGGCUGCACCCCACCUUAAUGAGCACAGAUCACCAGCAUAUUCCAUAGGAUCCAGAACGGAAUAUCGCAAGUUGGAUGUAGUUCCUGCACCUAAUCGCUAUACUCUUCCCUCUCUAUUGGGACCAAAGGUUCCUACCAAGCCUUCCAGUGCUAGUUUCUCGGUCACUGGGAGGACAAAGAGAAAUGAUCUAUCUAAAACCCCAGGGCCUGGCAGGUAUAACCGCACUGACCCAAAUAUUUACAAGCGGAAACUUCCAGCUUACUCGAUGCUGGGUCGAUAUGAUUUGCCCACCUAUUAUACUCAAAAGCCAGGACCUGGAGCACACAGCCCUGAGAAAGUGACCGUAAAUAAGCCAAGACCCCCAGCAUUCUCUAUGGGAUUGAGACAUUCAGAGUUUGUCACUCCACUUAUUAUUGAUAUUUCAGAUUGAAGUUAAACCUGUUACCUAAAAUCUAACGCAGAUUAAAU